AUGCAAGGAGAAAUGGAAAAAUCUACGAACUGCUUUUGCAGUGAAAAAACCACCGUCAGGAAGUCUGCCAAUAAUAAAAGACAUAAAGACUAUUAUUUAAAAGAUGUCAUGCAGUUUAUUCUUCCGUUCAUGAAGGUUAAGACUCAAAGUAGCAAUUUAACAAUAAAAGAUACUGAAGAUAAGGACGAGCAAAAUAGUGACAUUGAUAUUAAUGUAGACGAUAGCGAUGUAUCUUUACAAGAUGAAAUCCCAUCUACACCAAAAGCAGUGGUCGGGAGUAGCGCGCUAAUUGUAGCGACGCUACAGUAG